UUCUUAUUUUAAACGUCUUUUUAAAGUGAUUUAUCGUAAUAUUUCCACAGCUACAGGCUCAGUGAUGUGUGUUGUGUUAGCUGCUGUCUGUGUUUCCCGCCGUUAGAGUCCGUCUUCACCGAUCGGGCGGUGACACGUUCAGUUCGCCACCAUGUCGUCCAAAAAGAAGCAGGACGGCGAUGAGCGCUUCUCCCGGGUGCAGAAGGACCCCAGGUUCUGGGAGAUGCCGGAGAAGGAACACAAAAUCAAGAUCGACAAGCGUUUCCAGUCUAUGUUUCACGACAAGCGAUUCAAGGUGAAAUACACGGUGGACAAACGAGGCCGGCCCAUCCACCAAACCUCCACAGAGGACCUGAAGCGCUUCUACAAAGUCUCCGACUCAGAGGACUCAGAGGACUCAGACGAGGAUGGAAAGAGCAAGAAGAAAAAUAAAAAAGUGAAGGAGAAGAAGCUGGUGAAGGCUGGAGGAGAGGUGAAGAAGGGAAAAGACGUGCAGAGCAGAGAUGGUAAAGAUAAAGGAGAGCAGCUUGAACGAGGAGUCAGAGUCAUUGAAGAGGAUGAUGAAGAUGAUGAUGAGCAGCAAACUGCAGAGGCGGAUGUUGACCUGCGAGACAGUGUUACAGACGGCAGUGAGGAGGAGGAUGAUGAUGAAGAUGAUGAUGAUGAUGAUGAAGAUGAAGAUGUGGAGGAGGGGAGUGAUGUGGGAAGUGGAUCGGAUGAGUCCGGUCUAGAUUCGGACGAGGACAGUGACAGCGGGCCGGAUCUGGCCAGAGGGAAGGGAAACAUCGAGACGAGCUCGGAUGAAGACAGCGAUGACGACGUGGACCGGAUCCUGAAGAAAGAGGAAGAGGAGAUCGAACACGCCUGGGGAGAGCUCGCCAAAGACGCUCAGCGAAGCGACGAGGUUUCUGCCCGACUCGCCGUCUGCAACAUGGACUGGGACCGGAUGAAAGCCAAAGACCUGCUGGCUCUGUUCAACUCCUUCGUGCCCAAAGGAGGAGCUGUGCUGUCCGUCAAGAUCUACCCGUCAGAGUUUGGGAAGGAGAGGCUGCAGGUGGAGGAGACUCAGGGCCCUCCGGAGCUGAGAGCUCUGCCCGACGACUCGGAGGACGACACAGAGGAGGAGAAAGGUUACAGAGAGAAGAUGCGUGACUACCAGUUCAAGAGGCUGAAGUAUUUCUACGCUGUGGCGGAGUGCGACUCGGCCGACACCGCUGCUAAAAUCUACCAGGAGUGUGACGGCUAUGAGUACGAGAGCAGCUGCUCCGUCCUGGACCUCCGAUUUAUUCCUGAUGAAGUUCAGUUCGAUGAGGAGCCAAAAGACGCAGCGACAGAUGUGAACCUGACGACCUACACGCCCAAACUGUUCACCUCAUCUGCCAACGCAACAUCAAAGGUGCAGCUGACGUGGGAUGAGACGGACAACGAGCGUGUGACCGCCCUCAAUAGGAAGUUCAACAAGGACGAGCUGCUCGCCAUGGACUUCAACGCUUACUUGGCCUCCUCCAGCGAAGAAGAAGAGGAGGAGGAGGAGGAGGAGGAAGGAGGGAUCGAGUUUGGAGACGAUGACACAGCAGCAGAGGAUAAACAAACAGAGGAGUCCGUUGUGGAGAUGGAGAAGAAACCCCAGAAGGAGAAAGAGAAGAAGAAGAACAGCAAGGAACAGAUCUCCAAGUACAGAGAGCUGCUGAAAGGCAUCCAGGACAAAGAGAAGAAGCUGCAGGAGGACAAAGACAUGGAGAUGGAGAUCACCUGGGUGCCAGGGCUGAGGGAGACGACGGAGCAGCUGGUGCAGAAGAAGUUGGAGGGGAAGGACACGCUGACGCCCUGGGAGGAGUUCUUGGAGAAGAAGAAAGACAGGAAGAAACAGAAGAAAUCUCAAAGAAAGGAGGGAGAAGUUGAUGAAGAUGAGUUCAGUGACGAUGAGCUUCCUGCAGACGUUGACCUCAGCGACCCGUUCUUCGCCGAGGAGCUCUCCGCUACAGACAAGAAGAAGAAACAGAAGGGGAAGAAGAAGAAGAAGCAGGAGGAAGAGGAGCGGACAGCAGAGGAGGAAGAGGAGCUGGAGAAACAAAAGGCGGAGAUGGCUCUGCUGAUGGAGGACGACGACGACAAACACAAACACUUCAACUACGACAAGAUCGUGGAGCAGCAGAACCUGAGCAAGAAGAAGAGGAAGAAGCUGCUGAAGAAGGGCGAGGCGCCGAUGGAGGGAGACGACUUCCAGGUGGACGUUAAAGACCCUCGUUUCCAGGCCAUGUUCACGUCCCACCUCUUUAACCUGGACCCGUCCCACCCCAACUACAAGAAGACCAAAGCCACGCAGAGCAUCCUGGCGGAGAAGCAGCGCAGGCGAGCGGAGGACACGCUCGGCCCUCAGAAGGUCCCGCCCACGCCAGGGGAGGACGGCGGCGGUGGGAAGAAACGGGAAAACGACUCUGGCACUCCGGCGGCUGGAGGCUCCUUGAAGAAGCCGCUAGACCCCAGUUUGUCUUCGCUCAUCAAGUCGAUUAAAAGCAAGACGGAGCAGUUUCAGGCUCGGAAGAAACAGAAGUUCAUGUAGGUACUAACGAACCAAUCACAGACUGAAUCUGACUCUUCUCGCGUCGACUUGUUUGUACAGGAACAUGAAAUGACUAAAACAUUUUUUAGUAAAAACAAUCCUGCUGCUUCAGAUCAUGUUGAAAUGUUUUUAUUUCUUCACAUAUAAAAUCAGCAUUUUAAAGAAAUUCUUCACAUUUCAGUUUAACACUUAUUUAAAAUUCAUUGUACAUGAAAAGAUUAGUUCUCAUGUGGCACGUACAAGUGAUUCAAGAGAAUUUGUGUCAUUUGCUAGUGUUUUUCAUAUUUUUUCUAUGGUAAAAAUACAAAUCACAAGUG